CUUAAAUGUCGAAAUUUGGCAAUUCACAAUCUCAAUCGUAGAGUAUUUUUAUUUUAGUUAAUUACUAAAAUAAAUCAGAUUUAAAUUUAAUUUAGUGGUAAAUAAUACAGUAGAGGAAAUGUCUGGGUGGACCCGCGGGCUUAACGCCGGCCGCAUGCAAGCCUGGCGCGUGCACGCCUAUGGCCCCGGCGAGUUACGGUUGGAACAGGCGCGUGUGCCGACGCUGCGUGCGCCCGACGACGUGCUCGUACGCGUGCGAGCCACUUCGCUCAAUCCUCUCGACCUCGGCAUGAUUGGAGGUUACGGUGCUCGCGUUUUGAAUACUCUACGAAAACUGGAGGGAGCCGACGUUGAGUUUCCUCUCGUGGUGGGACGUGACUUCGUGGGAGAAGUGGAACUCGCCGGUGCAGAGACGCGUCUCCGUCCAGGCGAACGCGUGUGGGGAGUGGUACCGCCGCACUGGCAAGGGGCCCAUGCCCAGUACGUGCUCGUCAAGAACCGUUGGAUAGGUCCGGCGCCGCGCACCCUGAGCGACUCGCAGGCCGGCGGCGCGCUGUACGCGGCGCUGACGGCGUGCGCGGCCCUGCGCGCGGCGGGGCUGCCGCCCGCCCGCCGCCCGGCGCGCCGCUCCACGCGCGUGUUGCUGCUCGGCCUCGGUGGCGUCGGACACGCUGCGCUGCAGCUGCUCGUCUGCGGCGGCGCGCAGGUCGUCGUAGGAUGUUCCGACGAUCUCCGCGCGAGAGCCACGGAGCUCGGCGCGGUGGCCGCGUUGGACAGAAAUUCACCGGAUUAUGAUCGUCUGCUGGAGGAGUCCGGCCCGUACGAGGCGAUCCUGGACUGCGCGGGCGCGGGCGGCGCGGAGGCGGGCGCGCGGCGCUGGCGGUUCUCGCGCUACGUCACGCUGAGCUCGCCGCUGCUGCGCGAGACGGACGCGCACGGCGUGCUGGAGGGCUCGCUGCGGGCGGCGGGCUCGCUGGCGAACCAGUGCGCCGGCGCGGCGCGGGCCGGCCCGGCGCCGACCGGCCCGUGUCCGCCGCACGUGCGAUGGGCCUACUUCAUGCCCUCCACCGAACACAUCGAGAUGCUUAGGCGGCUGGCGGAAAGGGGGAAGUUUUCAGUGCAGGUGGAGCGCACGUACCCGUGGUGGGAGGGGGGCGCGGCCUACGAGCGCGCGGGGGGGGCGCACGCGCGCGGCAAGAUACUCUUGGACUUCGCCGUCGCGCCGACACACUCGCCGACACACUCGCCGACACACUCGCCGGACGGACGUGAUAUGUGACACGAACUGACUCCCACACGAUGUGAUUUAAUUAAUUAGAAUAUUUGUAUUUGUACAAUGUAUCCAAUGUAACGAGUGAGAUCCGAGUGACAUGGC